AUGACACCAGUCAACGACGACUUUUCGCGUGCUCCCUCUUCUGAGCCCUUGGAAGGACCGCCCCCGCCCACUACUCGUCCACCGCCGACCCCAGACCCCGAAUCAUCGUCGCCAACGAAGUCGCCACCGCGCAAGCUGCCCUUUCUGAAUACUCAAAACCUGAGAAAACGCGGACGGCCCAAGGCAAUCUCUGCUUCCGAAACCCAUGUCAAUGCCCUUCUAAUUAGAGUAGCCGCUCUCGAAGCCAGAAUUGAACGUCAGGAUGAAAAAAUCGCCUCCCUCGAAGCUGCGAUCAAGGCCGCUGAAACAAUAUCCGGGAACAAUUACGAUCCACCGCUGGGUGUCGGCCCGCCGAAGCCCAAAACCAAGCAGGUUUCCUGUGCACUGUAUGCCGAUGUCUUACGUGGUUCACCUCUAGCGAGCAAAGUGUCAUCCCAGCUGGAACUUGCCGAUGACCAACAAGGAAUUGAUAAAUUAUUCAUUGAAAACAUUAUUGAGCACUUCCCUGCCGAUCUUCCCAAACCAAAACCGACUGAUAAUUUUAGAGUAAAAUGCCGCAACACUGAAACCUAUGCCCGCCCUUUGAAAGUCCGAUUUUCGUCCCAAACUGAUCAACGCCUCCAAGUACUUCACUCUGACAUGCUAGACAACCAGAUCGACCUUCAUUUUGUUACUGAAUCCUUUCUCUCCCCAUCCGUCCCUGACUCUCUCUCCUCAUCCUCGACCCUUCAUUGUCUUCGCUUCGACAGACGGUCCCCUAGCCCUAAAGGCAAGGGAGGUGGCGUCGCGGUUUUCGCCCGCAAAGACAUACAGCUGGUAGAGGCUGACAGUCUCAGCUCCCAGUUUUACCCCCUACACCACUGCGAAACUAUCACUGUCGAUCUGCUUCAGAUAAGUUGA